AAAACUAUCGCCUGACUGCCCUCUCUAUUCACAGAUUCCACAGCCGUGAGCGCGGACGUUGUUUAUAACGAAUUCUUCCCGAGAUCCACGUUCUGUGCCUGCUGCAGCGAUGUCCUGCGUGGGAUUCCCGCUUCGAGCCGUCACGUGAGGCUGCAGGCAACCUUGCCCCGUUCCCACCUGGAAGCUCCAGCAUCCGCUUCCACAACAACAACACCAACAAUAACUAAUAACAUAAAGUCUGUCCACAAUGAGCAACGGAAAUGGGAGCGGCAUCGCCAGCGGUAGCGGCAGCGUCAAUGGGGAUCUCAGCCUGAUGCAGGAUCUGCAGCAGAAGUACUCGUUCCUGGAGAACCUCUUCAGCAAAUUCUGGAAGUCCAUCAUCAAGUCGAACUCGAGGCUCAAGCUCCAGCUGCGGAAUGUGAAGUGGAAGAAUGCCAAGGCCAGGCCGGGUUGCGCCUACCAACCAACUGAGAUCGAGCAGGUGGCCAAUGUGAUUACACACGGGAUUUGGAUUGUGCCAGCCGUGUUUGCGGCAAUUAAGCUCUUUGAACGCUCCACUAGUGCUAGCCAGUACCUGGUGUCCUGGGUCUACGGUGGCGCCCUUUGCAUGCUCUUCACGGUAUCGACCUUCUUCCACUGUUCCUGCUACUGCGCCGAGCACAAACCGCCCAAAAACGUAAAGGCUUGGCCCACCCUUGGCUGGCAGACUUAUCAGAGCCUCAAGAAUGUGCUGCAUCGGUGCGACAGGGCCAUGAUUUAUGUCUUCAUAGCUGGCUCCUACUUUCCCUGGCUGACUCUGGAGAAUACGGACCAGUCCACAAUACUGUUCUGCAUGGAGUGGGUCAUCUGGCUGAUGGCUGGGAUCGGAAUAGCCUACCAGCAGCUCUUCCACGAACGCUACAAGUGCUUGGAGACGUUUUUCUAUCUGGUAAUGGGCCUGGGCCCGGCUCUGGUGGUGGUCCUCACUGGCCAUCACUUUCACGGAAUGCUGCAGCUGAAGUUCGGAGGCGCCUUCUACAUUCUGGGCAUUAUAUUCUUUAAGGCGGACGGUCUAAUACCAAUGGCCCAUGCAAUUUGGCAUCUAUUUGUGGUGUUGGCCGCCGCAUGCCAUUACUAUGCCAUACUGGUGAACCUGUAUCCAGGCCAGACGGGAGUUGGCGAGGUGCAGGACCAGUAGCAGAGGAAACAGAGCGAAAAAACAGCGAAUUUAGACCUUAGAGUUUAGAGUACUUAACAGACAGGUAUUCGAAUUUGCCAGCCACCCUCCAGGUCAGUGCUCCAAAGUUAGCCAAAUUUUUUUUUUUUUUUUCGAGCGAGUACGAGUAGGUGUAUUGUAGCUUUAGGAAACAAACUAAAUCGAAACGAUUCUUGUGAUCAGUAUCUGCGGUCUUGCCAAAGAUUCAAACUGUGCGUGUGCUCAUGUCUCUCUAUCUCUAACUUGAUAUUACUAGCGAUAGUCCUCAACAUAUUUCUAUAUAUAGUAUAAUCUAUUUCUAUACCAGCUCACGAUAUUUGUCACGACAUGUGUUUCCCAACAAAAAGAACGUAAAAGACUUCAAUCUGUACUCAAAAGGCGAACAACAAAGUGAAAUUGUACAAAUCCCAGAGACUUUACAUAAAUUUCCUCGCCCACCCCUCCGCCUUUUGAAGAGUAGAAGAAGCCCGCCUAGCCUGCAUUGCAUUAUACAUGUUUAUACCAAUGUACACACAUUAUAUAUAUAUAUAUCUAUUAUAGAGACGAUAUACACAAUAUACUUUAUAGAUAGGACUAGGGAGGACCGCGAGCCAUGGCCCCCAGGCGCUAUGGCCAGGGACUAUUCGAUGUGCUGUAUAUUAUAUACUUGUAUGAUAUUAUACGAUUGAUAUUCGGGGCCUGGCCCGCGGCCAGUUCAAAUUGCUUUCGUUCUUGUUCCCCCGUCUAGUUGUAAUUGUAAUUGUAACUAUAUUGUAUUGGGUUCGCCGUGAUUAUUUCGGUGUUGGACCUAGUUUCUUGGUGCAGAUCGCGUUUAGUUUUAUCCAGGGGACUCUAGCCGUCCCAUAGAUGAUGCUUCAAUUAAUGUUUUACUUUCCAAACAUAAAUGAAUCUGUUUCAAAUGUUUGUUUAAAUAAAAAUUAUAAAACUGA